UCUUGCCCGCUGUUUUUCCCAAAAGUUUUUUUGUGCUGCUAUCAAACACACGCAUGAUGAAUCUAGUGUUCAUCUUACAUAGUUUGGGCUUUUCCUCCCUUAGUCUCUUUUUUGGUCUGCUUUUCCACUGUGCAACAGGAAGGCAAAUGAAAUUUAAUGUGAUUCUUUAUCGGCAUGGUGACAGAUCUCCUAUUUCAAGUUUUCCCAGAAAUACAGUCGGAGAAAGUACCUGGCCACGUGGAUAUGGACAACUGACUAAGACUGGAACCCAGCAGGCAUAUCAACUUGGGCAGUGGUUAAAAGAUAGAUAUAAGAACUUCUUAAGUCCUUCAUACAAGCCAAAAGAGAUUUAUGUCCGAAGUACAGAUUAUGAUCGAACUAUAAUGAGUGCUCAAGCUGUCCUGGCUGGUCUCUUUCCUCCUUCAACCGAAGAAAAGUGGAAUCCAAACAUUAAUUGGCAACCUAUUCCAGUUCAUACUGUGCCCAUUUCAGACGAAAAGUUGUUAAAAUAUCCUAAUUAUAGAUGCCCAAGUUUUAAUGGAUUACUACAACAGGUCAUACAAGAAAUGAAAACCAAGAACGAACUGCAAAAAUAUAUGGCACUGAUACAAAAGGUUGCCUACAACUUGGGAUAUGACAUUAAAAAACUGAUGGAUUUUCAAAACAUGUUAUUCUGGAAAGUGUAUGAUACUUUAAAAGUUCAGGAAAUUCACAAACUUUGUUUGCCAAGAUGGGCUGAUAAAAAGACUAUGGAACAGAUGAAAUUUCUGCUGGAAUAUUUGGUAAAUGCCGGUUUGGGGAGACAAUUAAAAAAUGAGAAAUCAAAACUACAAGGAGGUAUCCUUGUGAAACAUAUUCUGGAAAAAAUUAUCAACGUCACUAAGUGCAAGAAUCGAUAUAAAAUGAUAAUGUAUUCAGCACAUGAUAUGACAAUCAUUGCUCUCCAAAUAGCACUUGGUGUUUACAACCAGUUAUUACCUCCUUAUGCUGCUACCCAUAUUUUUGAGCUAUAUAAAGAAGACAAUGGAAGUUAUACUAUUGAGAUGUAUUAUCGGAACAGCACUGCCGUUGAACCCCAUUUGCUCACUUUGCCAGGAUGCACAAAGGCUUGUCCAUUAAACAAGUUCCAAAACCUGGUUGCUCCUAUUUUACCAACAAAGGAAUGUUGAAAGAGGAAGAAAUCAAAGCAAUGAGGAACAAAAUAAUCAACAUCUUGAAUGGAAGGUCAACAAUUACCAGAACAGUGAAAAUGUUUUUAAGAUUCCCAUAAUCAAAUCACACUUCUUAUGAAUCUUCUACUAAUUAAAAAUAAAAAAUAAAGUGAUUUUUUUAUCCUGCUGUUUUCUUCCAUUGCCUGAAAUUGUAGAGUUAAAUAAUGUUCAUCAGAAUUCCAUUCUCCAUGAAAUAUAGAAGUCAUAUUAAUAUGACUCCAUAUCAUCCAGGUAACAAUUUUAUUUACCUAUUGGUUAGAUUACAUCAGUGGUUCUCAACCUGUGGGUCGGGACCCCAUUUGGGGUCGAAUGACCAUUUCACGGGGGUCACCAAACAAGGCUGUCUGCCAUUUUUUUCCGUUUUCUUUGGCCACGCCCCUGGCACCCGGUGAUGUAUAAGUGGUUGGGGGUCACCACAACAUGGGGAACUGUAUUAUGGGGUCGCGGCAUUAGAAAGGUUGAGAACCACUGGAUUACAUGAAACUUACACACACCAGAACUAUCAGGGAGGAUGUCAGGAAGGUUUUUAAGAAGAGAUUGGACAACUAUCUGUCUGAAAUGGUAUUGGGGUUCUUGCCUGAGCAGGCGAUUGUACUAGAUCUCCAAGGCCCUUUCAACUCUUGUUAUUCUAUUCUGUUCUAUGUAACACACAAGGAUCCCUGGGAACUUUUGAUAUUUUCAUGAGAUGUUGGAACAAUUAAUUACACCAGAAGUAAUGUAUUUGAUUCAUUGAUUGAUUGAUUGAUUGAUUAAGCCAUGUAGGAGAUGACCAGGCUAAGCCUGAGGGAGGGGUUCAACACAUCAUCAGUCCCUUUGUGCCCAGGAGAGAUCUUAGUCCAGCCCAUCUUGAGUUCUGUUGAUUUUUAUCUACCACCAAUUCAUUUUGACCAUUAAUAGUCCAGAUUUUUGUAGAAAGUGUUAGCUUGCAAUAAAUCUGUAUUCAU